GUUAUGCGACUGAAAUCAUGCAUGUUUAUGUGAAAACUUAAACCCCCAUCGAUGAAUGCUUCUAUGUGCGGAUUAUUUUGGUAUUAAGAUGUGUCUUGAUCAUGAUCAACAUGUUUUUGAUUGUAUAACUGACAUAAAUCGUCUGAUUUUUCAUAUAGAAGCAAUAAGAUUGUGCUUUCCUUCUUUCCCUUAUCACGUAUAUGAAUGGUUUAUCGUGGGAUUUUCGUCGUAUUUUUUUUGGUUGUCGAUCCGUGCAGAGUGCAGAAUGUGCAUCUUUCUUGUUGUUUUGGUUGUUGAUGAUGUUCUUAUGGUCAUGUUUUGCUUCAAUGUUUUGUGGUUUCAUGAAGAAACGUUUUUUUACCCUUUGUAUGAUACAGGUUUACACUGUUAGCAAAAUUAUUUUGAGUUUUGGAAACAAUAUGUCCAUCAAUUAAUUGAUCAGUUAACUGUGCUCCAAUUACAGAGAUAUCUUUUCUUUCAGUCAAACUUCCAGAACAUUUUUUUAACAAGCUCAUUUCUGUCGACCUUUUUCAAGUUGGGGGGUCUUCUCGGAAACAACCUCUCUACUCCUCGGGGUAGAGAACCUCCUUCAUAGAUGGCUAACCCUACAAAUAAUAGUGAACCCCCUAAUGCGGAUGAACAGAUGAAUAACAAGCGCAGGAGGAAGAAAUCCAUAGUGUGGGAACACUUCACAAUAGAGACAGUUGAUUCCGGAUGCACCAGAGCCCGUUGUAUGCAAUGCAAGAAAUCAUUUGCAUAUAUUUCAGGCUCAAAGCUAGCUGGCACCAGUCACCUCAAGCGACAUAUUGCAUUGGGAAUCUGCCCUGUAAGCCGCAUCAAUCAGAAAAAUGGUGAAGUUUUGGCAUUGACCCCUCAUUCCAGCGUUAAUGGCACACAAGAUGUUAAUGAUCUUCCAAGAAAGCGUCUGAAAAGUACUUCUGGAUCAAACCACACGUCCUUUUUUCAAGAUCGUUGCAGAUAUGAUAUUGCGAAGAUGAUUAUUAUGCAUGAAUAUCCACUUGACAUGGUGGAAUGUCCUGCCUUUCUGAAUUCUGUAAGGGCUCUUCAGCCUCAAUUCCCUGUUGUGGCUCUUGAUGCCAUCGAAAGGGAUUGUGUGGGAUUAUACCAGAGGGAAAGGCAAACUCUUCUGGAUCUUAUUGGCAGUGUCCCUGGACGUGUUAACCUUUCUCUGGAUAUGUGGUCUACAUAUCAAAGUGUAGGGUAUGCAUUCAUAACAGGACAGUUCAUUGAUGACGAUUGGAAAUUGCAUCGGAGGAUCCUUGCUGUUGUGUUGUUACCGUUUCCAGAUUCAGAAUCUGCUUUCAACCAUGCUAUUCUUUCUUGCAUUUCCGAUUGGAAUUUGGAGAACAAGCUAUUUGCAGUAACUCUUGAUGAAUCUUUUGCAAACAAAGCGGUAAGGAGAAAUUUGAGACAUCUACUCUCUGUCAAAAACCCACUUAUUCUUAAUGGCAAACUCUUGAUUGGGAGUUGCUAUGCUCGUGUUUUGGGCCACCUUGUGCAAGAUGCUUUAGGGUCGUUGAGGGAAACUGUUAAGAAAGUUCGUGAUAGUGUAAAGUAUGUGGUAACAGUGGAUGCUUGUCAAGAGAGAUUUAACGAUCUUAAACUACAGCUUCAGGUACCAAGUGCAAAAAGUCUCGUUCUUGACGAUCAAACACAAUGGAACACCACUUAUCAUAUGCUCAUUGCUGCAUGUGAGUUAAAGGAGGUUUUUUCUUGCUUGGAUACGUUUGAUUCAAAUUACAGAAUAACCCUAACAAUGGAUGAAUGGAAACAAUUGGAUGUUCUCUGUACGUUCUUGAAACUUUUGCUUGACGCUGCCAAUCUCUUGACGGGCCCGACAUACCCAACGGCGAAUGCAUUUUUCCAUGAAGCAUGGAAGAUACAGCUCGAGCUUAAACAUGCAGCAGUGAGCGAUGAUGCAUUCAUUAGAAAUUUGACUAGACCAAUGCACGAAAGGUUCAACAGAUACUGGAAAGACUGCUCUCUUGUUUUUUCCAUUGCUGUUGUUAUGGAUCCACGAUUUAAGAUGAAGCUUGUGGAAUUCAGUUUUUCAAGAAUCUAUGGUGAGGAUGCCGACCACUGGGUUAAGGUCGUGAGUGAUGGCGUUCAUGAUCUCUUUCUUGAUUAUGUCGUACAAAUGCUUCCUCCACCAACCUUUGUUGUUAAUGGAGACGGAGGUUUCUUGAAAACAGACAUGCCCGAGGAAGAAACCAUUCUUCAUUGCGAGAUUCUAGACACAGAGGUUCCCGAAAAUGAAAUAUUUCUUUCUACAAGCGACGAGCUUUCAGAUUUUGAUGUUUAUAUCUCUGGCAUGACGAGCCACCAGAAUAUGAAACCAGAACUCGAUCAAUACUUGGAAGAAUCCGUGUUACCUAGGAUGCAAGAAUUUGAUGUUCUGGGUUGGUGGAAACUAAACAGAAAAAAGUACCCGAUUCUAUCAAAAAUGGCAUCUGAUAUCUUGUGCAUACCCGUGUCAACAGUUUCUCAAGAUUCUGUAUUCGAUAUCACAUGUAAGAAGAUGGACAGAUAUCGAUGCUCAUUAAGACCAUCGACAGUUGAGGCACUCGUUUGUGCAAAGGAUUGGCUGCAACAUGGAUCUUCUUCUUCAGAUUAUCUGGCUUCAAAAACAGUUGUGAAAAUGGAGUUGUAGCCUUUGCUCUGCCUAGACUAGACUCUUUUAGUUAUACAAUCAAUCACACAAGGGCAUUUUGCAGGUACCUUCUAAAUAUUUUCCUCUUUAGUAAUAGUAACAAACACAUAUAUAUAUCUAUAUCUAUAUCUAUAUAUAUUUAUCCUGAUUCUUUUUUGGUCCAAGAGAAGUAGGCAAUAAUAAUAAUCUUGAGGUUUUUGUGAAAACACAAUUAUACUUCAAACCAAGUUGUGGUAUAAUGUAAAUCAUCUCUGCUUUUGGUGUUCUCU